AUGCCAUCAUGUAAGUGCAAUUCCCGAAACGGCAUUUCGCAAUUUGGAAUUCUCACAAGUUCCCGUGAACCGGGGUUCGAGCUUCUGUUGUCAACUUUUGAAUAUCUCGCUAGUUGCUCGGUAAUUCUAUUAGGCAAUGCUGAUAUUGAGACUAUCAGGUACACAAACGAAGACAUGGAUCCGAUCAAGAGAAAAGACCGCACUUACGCAUGGUACCAGAUGGGUCUCUUCUGGAUCGCCGAAGGAUUCAACGCCGCCCAACUUCAAGUAUCCAGCUCAGCCUUUUCUCUCGGUCUCAACCCCGGAUUAUGCGUCCUCGCCUGUUUCGUCGGGAACGUCAUUGUCUCUCUCCCCUGCGCAGCCUCGGGAUAUCUAGGCAGCAAACUUGGAACCAAUUUUCCUGGAACCGUCAGAGCAUCGUUCGGAAUGCAAGGAUCCAAAUGGGCUAUGAUUGUCCGAGCAGUCCCCUGCAUCAUCUAUUACGGUAUACAAGUCAGUCUCGCAGGCCAAGCUGUUCAGGCGUGUACUACCGCUAUCUGGCCAUCUUUUGACAAUUGGAAGAUCAAUGCAAUCCCCGCUUCCGCCAACAUUACCGCUCAACAGAUCCUAUGCUUCGUCAUCUUCUGGCUUCUCUCGCUGCCAUUUCUGUACCUGCCCAUCAAGACGCUCCGCUUUUUGUUCGUUGCGAAAAGUAUCUUGGUACCGCUUUACUGGACAGCCAUGUUCACUUGGUCUGUUACGGCUGCAGGGGGGUUCCCCGAUGUCUGGAAAAUGCCAAGUGUGCCCCUUGACGGCAUGAGUGUCGGAUAUCUCUUCGGAAUCUGCGUCAAUGCUGCCAUCUCCGGAAACGCCACGUUUGCUGUCAACAUCAUGGACAUUUCGCGACACUCAAAGAGUGACAGAGCCGCGUGGGUAACGCAACUCUUCGCACUACCCAUCCUGGUUACCUUGACCGAACUCCUGGGCUGCACGAUGGCUGUGGCCUCGUCGGUCCUAUACGGCGAAAUACAGUGGAACCCCCUCGUGGUCAUCAAUAACUUCGAAAACCGUCCAGGCAAAUUCUUCGCGGGAGCUCUAUUUGUCUUCUUCAACAUCAUGACGAACGUUACUGGAAACUCGAUUCCGUUAGCCAAUGAUCUCACUGGACUGUUCCCUAAAUACAUCAAUAUUCGCCGUGGGCAGUUCAUCUGUGCCAUCGUUUCAUUCGCCAUCUGCCCCUGGGAGAUCGAAGCCAAAGCGACAACUUUCCUAGCUUUUAUGGGCGCAUAUACACUGUUCUUGGGUGCCACUACUGGAGUUAUGAUGACGGAUUAUUUCUGGGUCCGUCGGGGAUAUGGUAUCAACAUCUUGCAUCUCUUCAAACCCCGUGGAAUUUAUUGGUACAGUUACGGUUGUAAUUGGAGAGCGUUCGUGGCUUGGUUUGUGGCUCUUGCUCCAUUCAUCCCAGGUAUGGUACAGGGCAUGGGAGUCAGGAUAAUCAACAAGGGAAUCCUUAACCUCUAUUCGUGGAACUAUGUCCUUGUUGUUACGUUUUCAGGAUUGCUCUACUUCGUUUUUGCAAUAAUCUCACCAGUCCCUGUCCGAACUAGUGAUGAGGAUCUCGGCAAACUGUAUUUGAUCGACGGGCUAGAUCCGGAAGUCGUGACUGGCGUUUCUAGCAGGUUUGAAGGCAAAACUGAUGAGGGUAGCGACAUUGAGAAAAAGAAUUACAGAAGUGAAAGUUCGAGUGCCAUGGUUUGA